UGAUACCAGUUGGAAUAACUUCUCAAUCAAACAACUUGGUAGCUGUGGACUAAGAGUUGCAUGUCAUUAAAUGGAAAUUAAAACUGCUUUGUAGUAAAGCCAAAUUUUGAGGUAAAUUAUAAGUAUCCUGAUUAGUGCUUUUGUGUUGGCCAAUGCAAAAAUAGCGUUGAAAAACUGCAAAUGGAUAAGUAAAAAUUUUUAGUGUAUGUUGAAACAGCUAAAGAGCAGAACCCUCCUCACACGUAGGACAAGAAUAGUGGCACUCUGAUACUAUAUGGAAUACUAAUCCCUUUCGAUGUCUUAUUUUUACCUGUAAGAUCUUUUCUAAGCAUGCGUAAUCUUUUUCUAUGAUCUUUCAACUACAACAUUCUUCCGAUGCGUGAACCUCUUUAUGUCAUGUAAGUCAAAAAAAAAAGUCCUUAUAAGGAAACUGAAAAUCCUUUCAAGGAAAUGGCAGAAUUGAACUUUGUUGCAACAAACCUAGACUUUCAAUCUCUUCAACUUUCAUCCAAAUCCUUAGAGAUCGCGCACAGAGGGGGCAUGAAAUGCCUCUAAUCGUAGUUGGGUAAAUUUGGUGAAAAAAGUUAUUGAAUAGAAAGAUUGACGCUUCAUAUGACCCUGACGGUCAAAUGAACGCCGCAUAUGAUAUGUUAUCUGAACGUAGAAUUUUCCGUUCUUUCUGAAUACGAGAUAAGAAGAGGGUUACCAGUUAAAAAAAACCAUGUUGACCUCGAAAUGACCUUGAAAUUGACCCGGACGUUAUUUUGCCACUCGGCAUUGGUAAGCUUGUUUUUUUAAUGAAUUUUACAUAUUUUUAAAAAAGUUUUAAGUCAAAAGAAAAGUGGGCGGUGGGGGCUAACGUUCAGAAGGAAUAUCAUAUAAUAAAAUAUAAUCGCAAAAAUUAUUUAAUAGAUAUUCUUUUAUUUAAAAUAAAGUGUGUGACAUUUGUGAAUUGUUUUUUGGAGUAUGGAGUUCAAAAUUAUUUACUUAAACACGUCCACUACAUAUUUCAAAUAAAUAAAAAAACGUUAACCAAUUCUCGAAUCUUCGUCACACUUCAUAUUUACCCAAGAUAUUUUUUUUGUAGCAACGUGAGUGUUGCUGUUAAAAGUAUGGCCAUAGCAACAAAGCCACAUCGUCAAACAAUUUUAAAAUUCCCUUUGCAAUACAAGAGAUACAAAUAUUCACAUAUUUUUUAUGGUCUCUGCGAGACUUUUCUACAAACACGUACACGCGUUUGAGCAUUCUUCAGAUUACCAGCCCUAUUCCUGCCUUGAAUGACAAUUGUCAUCGACUGACAAUUGUCAGCUUUUAUUGUCACUGCCAUUUGUUGCUGGUAUUCCUAACCAAAGAUGACAAGGUAAAAGCUUUUACAACUCACCAUUCAAGGUGAAAAGUUUGUUGUUGCGUGAACAGCUGAUCAGCGUUCAUAUUCAAAUUAAAAAAUGAGCGGCGAAAUACCAGAAAAACGUCCGAAAUAUGAGCGGACCACGCAGGAGCAGCUGCAGUGUUAUGUGCAAUUUUGCAAGAACCAUCCGGAGCUACAAACGGGGAAAAACAAGCCGAGUUCUCCGAAAUUGAUAGAAUCCCUGUGGAUACAGCUAACGGAGAACUUGAAUGCAAUGCGUGGGCCCACCCGCACGGCAGCGAAGUGGAAAGAAACAUUAACCGGAUGGAAAAACCAACUGCGGAGCAGAGCACGAAGGGUCGUAGAGCAUACAAAGGCAACAGGCGGGGGACCACCGACAGCAGAUAUGUCCGAAUUCGAGCAACAAGCGCUGGAAACAUUUGGGGUGGCAGCAGUAUAUGGUCGCUCAAACAUGGACACGUUGGGGCAUGAGGAACCAACGUGCAACUCCCAACCAGUAGAAAUUGAUAUAAUUGAAACCGAGGUGGUCAUCCCCAAUGAUUUAGUUUUGUCCCCGAUGGCCGCAGGAGCUCAAGACUCUACACUGCUUCAAACACAACAGACUCCCGUUUCCGAAACACCUGGCUUAAAUGACACCCUUACUGCCUCAACAGGUAUAAAAGACCUCAAUGCACGAGUAAAAACAACGCAAGCUGUAGCAAGUUUAAAUGCUGCACUUCAUAGCCUUAAAGUUAAGGAUGAAAGAGAUGCUAGUCAGCAUGAGCUCCUGGUUGCUACGCUUCAACAGCUGAACAGUUCAGUAAUUGAGCUGACCGAAGUGAUAAAGAAGCUGAAUGCUAAUCUCGACCUUUCAAAAUUUUAAAUAUAAAGUGGAACUAUUUAUUAUACACUAAAACUUGUAUUUAGUUUUUUAUCAACAAGA